AUGACCGUCUACUCCUUCUACAUCUUUGACCGCCACACCGAAUGCAUAUACUCCAAGUCAUGGCUCCCCGCCUCCUCCAAGCGCCCUGAUUCCAGCACCGGAGGCCCUGCGUCGUCGACGACGACGACAACGACAGUCGCCGCCCCCACCGUCUUCGCGCCGGCGCAUGCCCCCUCCUCAGACGACGCCAAGCUCAUCUUUGGCACCGUGUUUUCGCUGCGCAACAUGGCUCGCAAGCUCGGCGGCGACGACGACGCCUUCAUCAGCUACCGCACAGGGCAGUACAAGCUGCACUUUUACGAGACGCCCGCCAACCUGCGAUUUGUCCUCCUGAGCGACACGGCGUCGGCGAGCAUGCGCAACGUCCUGCAUCAAAUAUACAUUAACCUCUGGGUCGAAUACGUGGUCAAGAAUCCUCUGGCGCCGGUAGAGCACAAGGGCGGUGACGGGGUACAAAAUGAGCUGUUUGAGCUGGGGUUGGACCAAUUCAUUCGCGGGUUAAUGUGA